AAUACUUCCAGCCUCGAUGGGCCUCUCCCUGCUCUUCUUCUUCGUGUAUAUAAUCGCACUGUUUUCCUCUGCCGUGCACCCGAUCGAUCCAACUGCAAGCAUUCCCAUUCUAGUGGCGAGUCUCGUGAUCAAUCGCUAGUUUCGCAACUUGAUAGAACUGAGAGCUGUUUAGCGAAGUUGAAUUGCAGUGAAAUAGAGCAAGUGAUUUCGUCAGGACUGUUGCGUGGACAUAUUGUGUGGCUUUGGUGCUGAUAAGUAUGGCCGCUCGCACACUCUCUCGUGUGGUUACCAGUCCAGCUAAGUCUUUCCUUAGUACGUUCAAAGAUGCUCUCAUAGAGCAAGGACGUUCGCCACUGCCACGCCAAGCGCCGUAUGCAGUUGUCCAGCGGAUGGGCGUCUCUGGCAGUGCACAAACUACCUCGCAUGGUGACUACGAUUCUCAAAGUCAGUUGGAGAAACCUCAGAAUGAAGGCAAGUCUCCUCAGAGGAGGAAUCAAGGCGGUCUUAGAAGAGGUGUACCACGGGAUUUGGCGAGUGCGUUUCUUGAUGUUUGGGAUCCUUAUCCGGGCAAUAGAACCUUGAAGCAGAUGUUGAAUACAGUAGACCGUCUUUUUGAUGAUCCUUUUUUCAGCGCCGCACCUUCUCGACCCACUAGCGUCGCCUUGGACUUCCGCACACCUUGGGAUGUGAAGGAAGACGAGAGUGCUUUCAGACUUCGGUUCGACAUGCCGGGUCUUCAGAAGGAUGAGGUGAGAGUUUGUGUCGAAGAUGGUGAUUUAGUGAUCAAGGGCGAGCACAAGGUUGAGGAAAAGAACGAAUAUAAUUGGUCCUCUCGCAGUUUUGGUAGCUACAACACCCGUAUGACGUUGCCUGAAAAUAUUAAGAUUGACGAAGUGAAAGCGGAGCUCAAGAAUGGUGUUCUACACGUCUUUGUGCCCAAAUCAAAGGAAGAGCCCAAGAAAAAUGUCAACAUUAAUAUUGAGUGAUUAACCAACGCAUGCUGCAGCCUUGUGCCUCUUCUUGGCAAGCGUGGAUGGCAUUGUGAACAUUUAAUGCAAAAUUUUGUAGCGACUGGACAGCACCACUUGAGCACGCUUAGAAGUGGACGUACACUACGUGAAGGUAGAGCUAAUUGAAAGUUCUGCAAAUGUAUUCACAAAAAACCGAGGAUGGCAUCUGAUGUACAGUGCAAAUAAACUUUCAAGUGAAAUCGAAGAAAAAUUACAUUUCUUAAACAUGUUCCCAGGUAGUCGCGAUAAAAUUUUCCCCGAAACUGAAGCAUUCUUCUGUGUAAAAUAUGUGAAAUUGCAACACCGAAUUUUGGAUUA